AAAAAUCAGGGCGCGUAAGGCGAGGAAGAUGUCAAACACAAGCUCCAGUCCGACGACCGCAAUCCGAGCUCCAAGCGGCUGCGCAAACGCGACAGGGGCGAAGGCGAUAGCCGCGGAAGCUGGAGGAGGAGGAGGAGGAGCAGGAGUAACGAUGAGUAUGAGAGGGCCAAGCCCGCCAACGACAACAACGAUUACAAAUACACAUCCCGACCAGCAAUGUUACCGGCAGCGGCGGUGAUCUACCCGGUAGCCUCCUCCGGGAAGGUUUCCUUCCAACGAACCACCCUUGUCGCCCAAUCAUUCCUUUCAUCAGCAUCCUCAUUCUCGUCCCUUUGACAACCCCAGGCCGCCGCCCCCUCCGCCACCGCUUCCCAAUACUACUUCCAUCCUCCGCUUAAGGGCCUCCCGCCUUCUCUCCAUCCUAAGGUUGCUUCAUCGCCAUUUUCAGUUUCUGAAAUUAAAGGAUAUAAAGGUGCCAGGGAGAGAACCAAAGAUGAUUCUCUUGUCAUUGUUAGGGACCGAAAGGUCAGAAUACAGAUGGAGCUUCCAUUUAUGCUCUUUGCCGUUCAUGGUUGAGAAAUGGAUUCCCAGACGAAACCCAGCAGCCCCAAUAUGGAGAUAUUUCAAGGCUCUUCCGCAACCUUUAUCUCUACCUGUCACGGAUGAUUUACCAAAGGACACUGAAGGUAGAGAAGAACAAGUAGAGGAGGAUAAAAAGGAGGAUGAGCAAUCAGUUGAGAAUUUGUCAGCACAUGAUCUGUUGCAAAGGCAUAUUAAUCGGGCUAAGAAGGUUAGAUCGAGGUUACGACAAGAACGAUUAAAACGAAUUGUGAGGUACAAAACUAGGCUUGCACUCCUGCUACCUCCCCUUGUAGAACAGUUCCGAAGCGAUGCUGCUGCGGCUGUAGGAAACUGAUGCCGAAGAUUAGCACGGAAGGAACCAGCGACAUAUCGGGGCCUCCUGGAUUCCUGAUGUGACGAGUAUGUUAUAUAUAGUUGCAAUUUUAUGAUACAGCCGGAAGGAACUACUGGAGUGUAUGUGAUAGAGGCAGUGAAGCAUAAGUUAUAUUUAGUUUGAUGAUUUGGAUGCAGAGCUUCAUAUUCAUUUGUUUCUGAUGUGGUAUUAUUAUCUGUGAAAUGGUCUUCAGAAUCAAGAGAUGGAUAAAUGGUCCAAAAACUUUGAAAUGUUC